UAACUGAUCAUUAGGAAAUUAAAUAAACCUGGCAAAUAUAAAGUCCGAUUUAGUUUUCUUGUCGAAUUGUUUUAAUAGUUCAAUUGAUUCAAAAUGCUGUCCGUCGAUUUACUCUCCUUAGCUAAAGCUCAAUCAACUCCAACCUGGACCCACACUCCAGAGGAAAUUAUGGAAAUUGCAAAGGAAUUAGCACAGAAGGAAGUGGAAAUGAAUGACUACGUUGCUUCAGUCGAAGAACCAACGGUUGAAAAUUUGUUGAUUCCUUAUACUAAGCAUGAAAACGAAAGUUCUUUUCUUGAAAAUCAAAUCGUAUUCUAUCAAGAUGUUUCGGCCGAUAAAGCCAAAAGAGAUGCUUCAACCAAAGCUGAGCAGUUACUUCAAGAAAACGGUAUUGAACAAUCUUCAAGAGUUGAUGUUUUUAAGGUUUUGAAAAAAUUGCAUAAUAAAGUUAAGGAUGCAGAUGAAUCAGUCAUCGAUAAAGAAUCAAAGAGAUUUUUAGACAAAGUGCGGAUUGGACUUACAGAUGAGAAAAGAGACGAAGUAAAGAAAUUGAAAGUCGAAUUAAGUAAUUUGUCUGUUAAAUUCUCUAAAAACUUAAAUGAAGAAAAUGGGUUCGUCUUAUUUACUUUAGAAGAAUUAGAUGGUGUUCCACAAGAUGUUAUUGAUGGAUUUGAAAAAACUAAAGAUGGUGAAGUAGAAAAAUUGAAGAUGACUUUUAAAUAUCCAGAUUUAUUCCCCGUUUUGAAAUAUGCUAAGAAUCAAGAAACUAGAAAAGCUGCCUAUACUUCCAACCAAAAUAAAGUUCCUGAAAAUGCUGAAAUUUUAGAAAAAAUGGUUAAGCUUAGAUUUGAAUUAGCCAAAUUAUUAGGUUAUGAAACUUAUUCUGAGUUUAUCUUAGAGGAUAGAUUAGCCAAAAACCAGAAGACUGUAUUGGACUUUUUAGAUGAUUUAACUUCUAAAUUGAAACCAUUAGGUGAAAAAGAACUCAUCAGUUUAAAAGAAUUCAAAAAUCAAGAUUUGAAAUCGAGAUCCUUACCUACUCAAGAUGAAAUUUUUGCCUGGGACUCAAAUUUUUAUGAUAAUUUAUUAUUAGAAAAGGAAUAUCAAGUUGAUCAUCAAAAAAUUUCUGAGUAUUUCCCAAUGAACUCAACUAUCGAUAAGAUGCUUGGCUUUUAUGAACAUUUGUUUGACAUUAAAUUCGUCAAAGUUGAGAACUCUGAUCCUUCUACUGUAUGGCAUGAAGAUGUAAUUAGAUUUGCUGUCUAUCAAAAUAUAAAAUAUGGUGAAUUGGAAUUUAUUGGUUGGAUUUUAUUUGAUCUUCACCCUCGUGAAGGUAAGUACGGCCAUGCUGCUAAUUUCGGGUUGGGUUCUGGUUACGAAAAAACAGAUGGUACCAGACAAACCCCAUAUACUGUUUUAGUUUGUAACUUUACUAAACCUUCCAAAAAUAAACCUUCUUUAUUGAAACAUAACGAAGUCACCACCUUUUUCCAUGAAUUAGGUCAUGGUGUCCAUAAUAUUCUUUCAAAAACAAAAUAUGUUAGAUUCCAUGGUACCCAUGUUCCAAGAGAUUUUGUCGAAACUCCUUCUCAGAUGUUAGAAUUUUGGACCUGGUCUAAAAAUGAAUUAAAACAGUUAUCUUCUCAUUUUGAAACCGGACAGCCAAUUAGCGAUGAAUUGAUUGACCAAUUAAUCAAGUCAAAGCAUGUAAAUACUGGUUUGUUCAAUUUAAGACAAUUGCACUUUGGUACUUUCGAUAUGCGCUUACAUACUGUUUCCGAUAAAGAAAAGAUCGAACAGUUAGACAUGACUAGCUUGUGGAAUGACUUAAGGGAGGAAAUUGCUUUAUUUUCCAAUGGGGGUGUUACCACUAAAGGUUAUGCAUCAUUUGGCCAUAUUGCUGGAGGUUAUCAAUCAGGUUAUUACGGUUACUUGUUUUCUCAAGUUUACGCUAACGACAUCUACUAUAAUCUUUUCAAAGAAGAUCCUAUGAAUGUGGAAAAUGGUAUUAGAUAUAGAGAUUUAGUUUUGAAGAAAGGUGGUUCUGAAGAAAUUUUAGAUGUCUUGACUGAUUUAUUAGGUAGACCACCAAAUUCAGAUGCUUUCUUAGAAGAAUUGUUGAGUUCAAGCGCCUAA